AUGGCAACACACAGAGAAGUGGGCGUCGGGGAUUUCGUCCUUUUGGACAAGAUCGACCUGGAAAAUUUCAUGAAAAAUCUAGAGCUCAGGUUUAAAAAUGGGAAGAUCUACACGUACAUCGGAGAAGUCUGCGUCUCCGUCAACCCUUACAAGACCAUGAACAUCUACGACCAAAAGCACGUGGAUCAAUAUAAAGGUCGCGAGCUCUUCGAGAACCCCCCGCACAUCUUCGCCAUCGCCGACGCCUCGCACAAAGUCAUGCAGCAGCAAGGCAAGGACACUUGCAUCGUAAUCAGCGGCGAGUCCGGCGCCGGAAAGACCGAGGCCUCCAAAAUAAUCAUGAAAUACAUCGCCGCCGUGACCAACAAGGACGGCCAAAAAGAAAUCGAGCGCGUGAAGAACGUCCUCCUGCAGUCCAACUCCAUCCUCGAGGCCUUCGGCAACGCCAAGACCAACCGCAACGACAACUCCUCCCGCUUCGGCAAGUACAUGGACAUCCACUUCGACUUCAAGGGCGACCCCAUCGGCGGCCACAUCAACAAGUACCUGCUCGAAAAGAGCAGAGUGAUCUACCAGCAGGCCGGCGAGCGCAACUUCCACAGCUUCUACCAACUCCUGACGGCCGCGAGCGACGAGCACCUGCGCAAACUGCACCUGAGUCGCAACCCGGACGACUACUUCUUCGUGAAGCAGGGCAAGGCGGCGCGGGUGGACACCAUCAACGACAAGAACGACUUCCGGGAGGUGAACUCGUCGCUGAACACGCUGCAGUUCUCCAAGGACGCGCAGGAUACCUUGUGGAGGGUGGUGGCGGCGAUUCUGCAUCUGGGGAACGUGGAGUUCGUGAACGACGGGGAGAAGCUGCAGAUUAAGAAUAAGAAGAGCAUCGAUGUGAUUGCGGAGUUGCUCCAGGUGAAGAAGGAGGAGCUGUCGUCGGCGCUGUGUGAACGGGUGAUCGCGGCGAGAGGCGACAUCAUGAGGAAGGAGCACACGGAGGCGGAGGCUUGCUAUGGAAGGGACGCUUUGGCGAAGGCCGUAUACGAGCGGCUUUUCGGUUGGUUGGUGGAUAAAAUCAACGCCGCCAUCGCCGUCGACGAGAAGAACUACAGCAAGAACUACAAGAGUUCGCUGAUCGGGGUUCUGGACAUCUACGGGUUCGAGAUCUUCGAUAAUAACAGCUUCGAGCAGUUCUGCAUCAACUACUGUAACGAGAAGCUUCAGCAGUUGUUUAUCGAGUUGGUACUGAAGCAGGAACAGGAAGAGUACAACCGGGAGGGAAUCGAGUGGCAGAAUAUCGAUUUUUUCAAUAAUCAGAUUAUUUGUGACUUGGUGGAGGCCCCGCACAAGGGGAUUUUGUCGAUUAUGGAUGACGCGUCGAAGAUGACUGCGGAGAAGGUGACCGAUGAGUUGCUUCUGGAGACGAUGGACAAACAGCUGAAGACUCAUCAUCAUUAUACGUCGAGACAGUUGAAGCCCGCUGAUAAGAAUAUGAAGCACAAGGUCGAUUUUCGGAUUACGCAUUAUGCGGGGGAUGUUACUUAUUGCGUUGUUGGUUUUCUGGAUAAGAAUAAAGAUACUCUUUUCCAAGACUUUAAAAGACUUAUGUAUAACUCGAGGGAUGAGAAUUUGAAGGAGAUGUUCCCGGAAGGGUCGCAACAUAUUUCAGAGAUAACGAAGCGCCCCCCCACCGCCGGCACCCUCUUCAAGAACUCCAUGCAAGCUCUAGUCCAGAACCUCUACAGUAAAGAACCCCACUACGUACGCUGCAUCAAACCCAACGAGCUAAAAUCCCCCUCCGCCUUCGACGAAGAGCGCGUCAAGCACCAAGUCAGCUACCUCGGCCUCGUCGAGAACGUGCGCGUGCGCCGCGCCGGUUUCGCCUACCGCCAACGCUACGACCGCUUCCUCAAACGCUACAAGAUGAUCUCCCAAUUCACCUGGCCCAACUUCCGCUCCGGCUCCGACAAAGACGGCGUCAAAGUCAUCAUGGACGAGCGCAAGUUCGCCGACGACGUCAAAUACGGCAAGACCAAAAUCUUCAUCCGGUCGCCGCGAACCCUCUUCGCCCUGGAAGCCGCCCGCAACGAGCUCAUCCCCGGCAUCGUCACCCUGAUCCAGAAGACCUGGCGCGGCUACGUGGCCAGACAACAGUACAAGCGCAUGCGUGCCCUCAUGACCAUGAUCCAGGCCUACCGCCUGAAGAAAAUGCGCACGUACAUCAACGCGCUCCAGGGCAAGUUCGUGCACGCGCGCAAAGCCAAGGACUUCGGCAAGGGCAUCAUCUGGCCGGCGCCGCCGGUGUCGCUGCAGAAGACCACGAGAGUGCUGAAGCAGUUCUACAACAGAUGGCGCGCGUUUAUGAUUUUGAGCAGGAUCCCGAGGGCGGAGUGGCCGGAGAUGAAGCUGAAGGUGGUGGCGGCGAGCGCGUUGUUGAAUAAGAGGCCGAGGUACGGGUUGAGUAGGAGGUGGGAAGGGAAUUAUUUGGCGACUCACGGGGAGAAUAACAACUACACGACGUUCAACGAUGCGGUUAAUAAUUUGAAGAAUAGCCAGCAUUUUGGGAAGGUCCUGUUUUCGGCGUUCGUCACCAAGUUCAACAAGUUUAAUAAGUGUGCGGAGAGGGUGGUUUUGGUGACUGACCAAGCCGUCUACAAGCUGGACAGUUUGAAGUUCAGGAACAUGAAGGAGGGGACCGGGAUUAAGGAUUUGACAGGGAUCAGCGUGAGUCCGGGGCAGGAUCAGUUGAUCGUGUUCCAUUGUCUAGGGGGCAACGAUUUAGUCGUGUCUCUGCAUUCUGUGAGGCAGGAAGAUAGAAUUGGGGAGAUCGUGGGGGUCCUCUGCAACGCCUACUUCCAGCUGAAGGGGACCGAUCUUCCUGUGACCGUGAACAAGACCAUUUCCUGUUCCCUGGGCGGUAAGAAGCGCCUUAUCAACAUCAACGUGACGUCAGAGGUGCAGAGCGCCACCUUCAAGAAGGACGGCGGUAACAUCUCCUACUUGCUCCCGUCGAACUUCGCCGUGAUAGAAAAUGGCCGUGACUAUAUCAAGCAGUAACUGGUGCCUUUUGAGAUGUGUAUAUUUUUUAGAAGAUUUAUUUUUUAACUAUUUAUAUACAACGAAAAAUUUUAGAUUGUUGCUGAAACUGUUUGUUGUUUUAAUAGCUUUUAUGUUUUUGAUCGUUCUUUGUACUUAAUUGCGAUCUCUAAGGUCUUGUUGUUUGUAAUUGCUCGUUUCUAAAAUGGGUUAUUUUAUACUGGAUGGCGAAUUUUAUCGUGUGUCGUUUUAGCAGUUUUAGUGUUUAUGGUUGUUGAUCAUUCCACGAUGGCAUUUUUUGUUACUGUACUAAUGAGUAUUCUAGGCUUUCUUAUGGUAUUAUAUUAAAAGUGAUUGUAUUUAUUUGUAUAUAUACGUGCCAUUUUGUUUAUAUUUUUGUAUCGAUUUUGAUACAUAGUCAAGCUAAUACGUGCCUUAAUAAAGAAACGAAAGCAA